AAAUAAAAAAGAGUCAGAUAUGGCGGGACAAAAGUCAACUCGCCAGCACUAAUAGCAACACAGAAUUUUUUGCGCCCGCAAACUCCGCGUUUUUUUUUAUAAACACUAAGCGUUAAAUAGUGCGUUGGCUAAAUAAAGAUACAAUUAAAAUGUGAAUUCCUACGUGGAAUAGCUAUCGAUCCGCGGAACAUUUAAUGCCAUUUGUUAAUCCGAGCAGCGAAAUGGAUCCGGCGCACCCGGCAAAGGUGGCGCAUGUCGGUAAAGCGGUGCCCGUCGGAAAACAUAUACACCCCGGCCCCGUCCGCCUGAAGCCCAUCUCAGUGCCCGUCUUCGAGCUGCCGGAGUACCUGUGCGUGGAGACCAAGUGGGUGACACGCAAGUAUGCGAUGGAGAAUGGCUUUUCACUGGACGGACUGCAUGGCCCCAUCACCAAUGGUAUCACCACGGAAGUCCCCAAGAAAUCCACACAGCAGGAGAAACUCAGCGAGGUCACUGGGAUAUUAACAAGCGAGGAGCCAGCUCCGAGCAGAGAACGCGCCAUUCAAACGGAAGAUAAGGGCACUAAGGACGUGGGCAUUCAGUGCCGUCGCGAUUCAGAGGAGUGGCAUCUUCCAGAUGAUCGGCCCAAGGAUACCACUUCUGAAGCUUCCGACUCCGACGAUUUCCUCACCUACGUCAGCGAGAACACGAGCAUGUUUCCCAACGGCAUGUUGGAGUGCAUAAUGUGCGGCGAUAUAGCCAACACCUUGCUGGAACAUCAGGCCCAUAUGACGGUGCACUUUGGAUCUGGUGCUCUGUGCUUUAACUGCGGCCACCGUCUGGAGCACAAGAACCUAUUGAAGCGUCACAGACUGAGCUGUCCCGCUCUGGCGCCCAGAAAGUCAUCCAUGCGCUUUAAAUGCCCACACCCACUUUGCAAUGCCAUGAGCCACUCGGAGAUGCAGUUGCUCCAGCACCUGAAGAAACACAGCGCCAGGAAGUGCUACAGAUGUCUCCAGUGCAAACGUUACUUUAACACCACGACCUCCUUUUUGUUACAUCAGAAAAUAGAACAGAAUUGUACUAAGGCGAAAGCUGUUGCCCUCUUAAAAAGACACAAUCGGCUGCCCAAGGGUAGAGGUGAUCCCAGACGUUGCUCAGUUUGUUUGAAGCGUUUUAGCAGCGAGAGGGUAUGCCUGCGGCACCGGAGACAGUGCAUCCUCGACCAUUGCAGACGACUGUCUAAGGUCCUAUUAAAGGAUUUAUGAACAGCGUAUACAAAUCUUGACCUAGUUGG